AUGGCUGUGAACACCCUUGAUGGAAUGCAUGAACCUGUUGCCUUGAUGUCGAGUGACGGACCCUUCCACGUGCAGCACACUCAGAAGGCAUUGCUUCAGGUCCCCUCCCCUCCUCUCCCUAAUCCUUCUGCAGGCCCUAACUCAAACCCUGAAGAAGAAGUGAAAAGGUUGAAAUAUUUUGGCUCAAGUAGGAACGAAUACAAGGUAGCGGCAGUAGAUCGCAGGCUGGCUAGUGGCGAAGCAGGAGGUGAGGAUGAGGGAGCAGGACCGAGCUCAGAUCCAAAAUUGUGCGAAGGGGCAGAGGCAGUACUGGGCACAGAGCCAGAAGCUGAGGCAGCAGGCGAGCCAAUGGCAGUAUCAAAUCCAGCACAGACAACAACGCCUGGAACCAGAACGGGAGAACAGCAGCCGAGAAAGAGGAAGAAGAAGUUGAAGCACCUGGAAGAGUCAGAAAAGGAAGUAGAUUCAUCCGCCAAGAAAACCAAACACGUUGAGGCUUGGAUAGACCCACUAAAACAUUUUGAGGAAUUGUUUCAGGCCGAGAUAAACCUUGGGCCAGGAACGCCCUCCAGCAUCGAACUCAGUCCUUUCAGCCUGGGACAGUAUUUGUUUCCUGACUCCCCUUCAAGCCAAGAAGAUGUGCCUGGGUUCCUAACUGGCCACGGCGAGCAGGGUGUUGAGGAGGCGUCUGGGCACAUUACAUCACCAUAUAGUAGUCCAGCAAUACCUGAGGAUGAACCCUUCCCUGACAUCCUUGAAGAAUUCUUGGAAGCAGAAGGAUCACAAGAAGAAGAGUGGCUUCAGCUUUUCGAUGAGAAUCUGCUUGGUGGUUCCGAUUCUGCACCGCUAGUCGAGGACCAGCCAGGAGCACCGUCGACAGUCAAGCAGCCCCUCACUACGCAAAUGGGUGAAGGCACCUCUUCCCUAUCGCAGGAGGCUAGUUCCUCUUUCUCCGAUACCAGUCCUGCUGCAGGCAGCAGCUUGGUAUCCAUUUUGUCGAGUUCAUCGCCUGAAUUGGCCCGGCACCCAUAUUAUCGUGUGCCGGUUGGAGACCCAGGAGUGACGCUGCCGCCAUUUGACCCAUAUCAUGCCCUGCGAAAACGAGAAGCAUGGCUUCCAAAAAUUCUUGGUGACGUUCGACAGCUGCUUCUCAAGUCACAUGUAUCAGAGCAAGAAAUGAAACUGCUCAUGGAGAGUGCAUAUCGUCUUGCUCAAUAUUCAAAUAAGGCUUUGUCACAACCGAUGAAGGAUGAGCUCAUGACUGAUAUGCUGUAUAUCCUCGCUCGUCGGUUUCUAGUGGCGGAUGCCUUGUGGUGUAUUAGCGAGGUCCUGGGUCCCUCAAUGAAUAUGCAUCUGUGGUGGGGUCAAUUUAUGGAGCCAUUGGCGAAGCACGUGAGUGUUCGCCAUAGAUCCGCGUCGCGUUCAGGUCUGAAUUUGAAACAACUGGCGCAACGCCUAGUUGCUGCGCUACAGCAGUACAAGUUGGGUCGGCGCCCUCCUGCUCAGCAAGUGAUUGAACUAAAACGCCAAAUAUUUCGCCAGCCCUGCUCCUGCCCCGAGUUUAGAUCACACACGUGGAAUCCUUGGCGAGACGAUGACACGGGCAAUGACGGACAUUCAUAA